AUGCGGCAUACUAGCCGUAUUAUUGUCAAGACGGUAGUUGGUCUGCCAACUUUGGACAAGAGAGGAAAGACGCCAGGUAUAAUCAUGGACCCCGCGAUUAUCAAUCCAUUUGGAAGAAACACUGAUUAUUCAAAAGUUACCCACACCAUCUAUGAAAAGCUUGUGCAAUACGCUGCAUACCCCGACAUUAGCAUGGGACAAUGCACGAAUGUUUCUAACACAGGGGCUACUCUAAUUAAAUUCUUCAACAUCACCUCCACUGAUACGCAAGCUGUUCUUUGGAAUCUUCCGAGCGAGAAAAAUAUCAUUGUCUCUAUUCCUGGCACCGCCAGCGAUAGAGAUUGGCUGACUGACUUUGAUUUCUUCUUAACAAAUUAUGCUUCGCCAGGUGUGGUAUGUCCGGGAGGAUGUCAAGUUCAUAGUGGAUUCGUCGGCGCGUGGAACUCGCUCGCUCCUGAGCUUAUGCCUGCACUGGAAAGUGCACUUGAAGCGAAUCCUGACUAUCGUACGGUAAUCACUGGACAUUCUCUCGGAGGCGCAUUAGCGCAGCUGGCCUUCGCUUCUCUCUCAAAUGCCAAAUAUAAAGUUGUCGGCGCGUACACUUACGGUCAGCCGAGAGUUGGAAACCAAGCAUUUGCCGACUACAUUGAUAGUCUAGCUGGUGCAUCUUAUAACAAAACUGGAAUCUUUUACCGAGUCACGCAUUUUAAUGAUGGUGUCCCUCUACUGCCACCCCAAAUACUUGGAUUUACGCAUUCACUUACAGAGUUUUGGGAGUCCACUAAUAAGAGCCAAGAGUGUACAACAUAUCAGUGCUAUGGUCAAGAGUCUUCAGAAUGCGUUGAUUCUGCAGGCGGCUUCGGAGUAAAUAAUGCACAUGUCACUUACGCUGGCUUGCAGUCGUCAUGCGAUUGAAAUUCCAUUAACCUGCGGUUCCAAUAUCCUCAAUCAAGCAACUCUCAGAACACUUCUACAUGCAUCAUACCUCCGUCCCUGCAAGUUUAGUAUAGGCAUGAUGAAAAUGCAAAUAUAUUGUAAUUGGC